AUGCGGUUCAACGAGCAGGGACUGGAGGAUGUAUUCCGCGAAGUUUCGCCCAUAUUGGACUACACCAACAAGAAGUAUGAGCUUCACUUCCAGGAGCACGAAUUCCGUCCUGCCAAGUAUUCCCCGCAAGAAUGCAAGGAAAGGGAGAUAACCUUCUCCCAGCCUCUGUAUGUGAGAACUCGCCUGGUAAUGAAAGAAACGGGCGAGAUCAAGGAGCAGGAAAUAUUCAUGGGGGACUUCCCCAUGAUGACCGAUAACGGCACGUUCAUCAUCAACGGCGCCGAGCGCGUCGUGGUGAGCCAGUUGGUCCGUUCUCCGGGGAUCUAUUUCGUAACCGAGCGAAGCCCGAGCAGCAAUCGCGGGCUGUGCAUGGCCAAGCUGAUCCCAUCAAGGGGCGCCUGGCUCGAAUUCGAAACCAGCAACAAGGACGUGCUCUCAGUCAAAGUCGACCGGAAGCGCAAGGUCUCGGCCAGCACGUUCCUUCGUGCCCUUGGCGUGGCCUACGACGACCAGAUUACGGCGCUGUUUGACGAGGUCGACACCGACGAAACGCGCCGCUACAUGCAGGCCACACUUCGCAGCGACCCCGCCGCCGAACCGGGCAGCGUGUCUUUUCGCGAGGAGGACCUCCAUUCACUUUGGGACUGGCUGCACGAGGGCGAGGAAUACGACGAGGAAGCGGCACAGCGGAUUGCCGGAGCGCAGAUCGAGUUUUACCGGCGCCUGCGGCCCGGUGAGCCGCCCAGCUUGGAAAACUCCCGUAACCUGAUCAACAACCUGUUCUUCGAGCCCAGGCGGUACGACCUCGGGCGCGUGGGAAGGUACAAGUUCAACCGCCGCCUCGGAAUGACGGAGGACAAGGGGCCAAUGACCCUGACCCGUGGCGACAUCAUCUCGGUCAUUCGCAUGAUGAUCGUCAUCAACCAGGGCGAGGGACAGGUGGACGACAUUGACCACCUGGGCAACCGCCGCGUUCGGGCCGUGGGAGAGUUGGUGCAGAACCAGGUGCGCGUGGGUCUGCUCCGCAUGGAACGCAUGGUCAAGGAAAAGAUGACGCUGGUGGAUCCCGAAACCGCGGCGCCCCAAGGACUGGUCAACAUCCGGCCAGUUGUGGCGGCGGUACGCGAGUUCUUCGGUGGUUCGCAGCUGUCGCAGGAACGGGCUGGCUUCGACGUCCGCGACGUGCACUUCUCGCAUUAUGGGCGCAUCUGCCCCAUCGAGACACCGGAGGGCCCCAACAUCGGCCUCCUCAGCUCGCUGGCUUCCUAUGCCCGCGUCAAUGAGUUCGGCUUCAUCGAAUCGCCUUACCGGGUGGUGUGCCACGAGCUGUCCAAGGACUCGCCCGACCUUCGAGGGCGAAUAGUCGCCGAGUCGGUUGUGAAUCCUGAAAACGGGCACGUGAUCGUGAACGAGGACGUCGCAAUUGGCGCCAACAGAAUUGCUGCCCUACGGCGUCUGCCCGCGGGCACCAUGAUCAAGGUGCGACCCUUCGUGUUGGAAGCGUCGGCGCCGAGGCCCGAGGAUUCCAUCAUCUGGUUGUCGGCCGACAAGGAAGAAGAAUUCAGGAUUGCCCAGGCCAACGCGAAACUGGACUAUCUGAACCAGUUUGUAGAGGACCGGAUCGAGAUCCGAGUGGGCGAUCAGUACACCCAGGGCUCGCCGAGCGAAGCGCACCUGAUGGACGUUUCGCCGAUGCAGAUCAUGAGCAGGCAGGCAGUGCCCCUGCUGCGGCCCCAGUCGCCCACUGUAGGCACCGGCAUUGAGGAACGAGUGGCCCGCGACAGCGGCCAGUUGGUCACGUCCCGUGUGAACGCGGUGGUUACCUCGGUAAACGGCCGCAAGAUCGUGAUCACAGACGUGGAAGGCGUCGAGCACAUCCACCCGCUGAUCAAGUUCUCCCGCACCAACCAGGGAACGUGUUUCGACCAGCGUCCGAUAGCUACUCGUGGUGACGUGGUCCAGGUGGGCACCCGUGCUGGCGGAUAG